UCACACUUUAGGCUAAGCCCACUUCUUUCUUCUUAAUUUUACAAUUUCUCGUGAAGCCCACUUUUUAUUUACGUUUCAUUCACAUCCGCACAUAUAAAUCGCGUUGCUUCUGUCAUUUUUGUUAAAACAUAAGUACUGUAUUUAUGUUAUAAAACCUAGUUACUUGGUAAACAACGAAAUUGCGCAUUUACGACAGCCAUGAAACCCGAUAGCUUGAACAAUCUCUCAGAGACACCUCGAUCGUGCGAGGACUCAGCCACUGAAAACAAUUCGCUCAGCAGCGAUUCGGAUCUCGAAGAUAGGCGCUCGGAGGCAAACGACCAAAACAGAAACAUCCAAGGAUCAAAGAUUAUUAAGAAAUGUAGAAGCAAAAUAAAUGAACUGGAAACUCGGCUGGCAAGUGAAAAAGAAAAGUCCCAUUAUCAGGACGAGUUAAUCAAGUCCUUACGCAUGUCGAUCGAUCUAGUUACUCAAAACAAAGACUUAAACAUAAAGCAACUGCAAAAGCAAAUCGUCGAGCUUGAAAAUGCGCUUGAUAUAAGCAGAAGUCUUAUUGCAAAAAAACAGGAACAAUCAGCAAACUUUGAGAGGAAGUCCGAUAAUAACGAAAGUAAUAUGAGGGAGAAAGAUGAGCAAAUCAAAAGGCUAGAGUGUAUAGUCCAAGAAAAAAACGACGAGAUUGAAAAGCUAAAUAUAAAAACCAAAACCCUGUCAGAUAAGGAAGAUUACAUCACCCAGCUAGAGUCCAAAAUCAAGGUCCAUGACGCGAAGAUAAAUGAAUGGAAUCAAAAAUUAUCUCAGAUCACCCCAUAUACUGAAAGUGCAAAAAGUCCAACUGACUUUGUAUUUCUCAACUGCACUAAAAUUCCUUCAGUUAAAAUGAUUACGCUCCCUGAUUUUGAGCCAUUCCUAGCAGUUUUUGAAGAUACUUCAUAUGCCGGUUCCGACUGGAUGGUUAUACAGCGGCGUGUCGAUGGAAAACUCUCAUUUGAAAAACCUCUUAGCUUAUAUGAAAACGGCUUUGGUGAUCUAGGAAGCGAAUUAUGGCUAGGCAUCGAAAAAAUUCACAGGUUGACAACAAAUCGUAGGCAUGAACUAUGCAUUGAACUAGUCGAUUUUGACGAUGCUACUGCCUUUGCACGAUAUGAUCACUUUGUUGUAGGAAGCAAGAACGAAAAGUAUGCCCUAAAGUCCCUGGGUAACUACUCGGGAAACGCAGGCGAUGCUUUGCGGAGUCACGCAAAUGAAAGUUUUAUUCAUCAUACAUAUUGGCGAUGGUGGAACCUACACGAUUGUAAUUUGAUGGGCGAAUACGUCGAAUCCAAAGUUGAGUUAAAUUCCUUGUUUGGAAUUUAUUGGGGUCGUUGGAACUUGGGGAAACUAAUUUCGCUCAAAUCCUGCAAAAUGCUGAUCCGGCCAAAACUCUGACACGAUUUUUAAUUUAAUUAAAUAGCUGUAAUCUUGAUACCAUUUUCCAAUGCAAAAAAGUGUUGUGCUCUAAGCCUUAUUAUAUUUUUAAGGUCGCCACGAAUUAAUAUUAAAAUAAAACUAUGUUAUAAAGCGA